CACGGCAGUUCAACCCGUGCGCCGAUUGAGCGCACGCUUCCUCAUCGUCCACCAGUCCACCUCGCCGCCGCGCUUUCCUCCGCCUCCUCUUUCCCGCGAGGCGCCGCCGCUCCUUUCCAUCCCCGGAGGCGACGGCUCAGAUCCCACUUCAAGGCGCAGCGGCCGCCCCAUCUCGACUGCUUCCGCUUGAGUACCCCCCCUGCCCCCUAAAGGCCUGGCCUUGAAGGCCGCUCGCCUCUUGAUUCCGGCGGCGGCGGAGAGGGAGGGGCGAUGCCGAAGCGGACGACGCACACGUACUCGAGCGAGGACGCGCUGCCGGAGGGCCCCGAGUCCGACCUCUUCGUCUACUACUGCAAGCACUGCGCCUCGCACGUCCUCAUCACCGAUACCCAAUUGCAGAAAAUGCCGAAGCGAAAGACUGACAGAGCACACGUUUUAGACAAGGCUAAGCAUCUCUCAAGGCUAAAUGUGAAGGAGUCAGGAAAAGUAAUGUUGAAACGUGGUGAAGGAAAGCUUGAAAAGCAGUUCCGCAUGAGCUGUGUAGGAUGUGACCUUUUUGUUUGUUACCGAUCAGAAGAGGAUCUGGAGCAUGCCCCUUUUAUAUAUGUUGUUGAUGGAGCACUGAGUUCAGUUGCAGCUGAGACAAAUCCACAUGAUGCUCCUGUACCCCCUUGCAUCACACAACUGGAAGGUGGACUUGUCCAAGUAGCCAUUGAAGUGGAAGACCGGGCACAACGAUCAGCAAUAACAAGAGUGAACGCCGAUGAUGUUCGAGUAACAGUAGCUGCCCCUGCUGCACGAGGGGAAGCUAACAGUGAGUUGCUAGAAUUUAUGGGCAAGGUUCUUGGCCUAAGAUUGACUCAGAUGACCCUUCAGAGAGGAUGGAAUAAUAAAUCGAAGCUUCUGAUUGUUGAGGAUUUGUCUGCACGGCAAGUGUACGAGAAGCUCCUUGAAGCUGUACAGCCUUAGAAAAACGGACCAAUGUGUGCGAAUUUGGAUGCAUCCUCUUUUGAGGGCUCAAGGGGAAGUUCCCACACACUGUGCGGCAGAAGAGCAGAACGUGCUGAAACUACUUUGAAAACUCUGGUGACGUAUGACUAGACUAGAGCAAUGAGCCAAUCUGUACUUCAAUAUCCCAUCCAUUGUUUCUGUUGUGACAAUCAGUAAACCUUCUCUAUUGGUUAUUUCCUUAAUGGCGAUGCAAAGUGUUGUGCAUCUUGUAAAGAUUGCUGCACGAUAUUCAGUAUUGAGUCUGAGCUUGUGGAUGAUUUCACCUAA